AUGGAGGAGGUUUUGUUCUUGGAAGAAGAGAGAGAAGAGAAGAAAGAGAGUAUGAGAUGGGGUGUAUUGAUAGGGGAGGAGAUGAAGAGGCUUGGGUACUUAGCAGGACCUAUGGUAGCGGUGACUCUAUCACAGUAUUUGCUUCAAAUUCUGGAUCCGCCACUGCCUAGCACUCGACUGGAGCUUGAGCGCCAAAACAGUGAAGCUAGCAUCUGCCUGAUGCUAGCCAGAUGCUCAAGCGGUAUGGCAAGUGCUCUGGAAACUCUAAGUGGACAAGCAUAUGGUGCUCAACAAUAUAAAAGAAUUGGAACUCAAACUUACACUGCCAUUUUUUCUCUGAUUAUUGUUUGCAUUCCUCUCUCUGUCUUGUGGAUAUUCUUGGGAAAGAUACUCGUUUUUGUAGGCCAAGAUACUCAGAUUUCAUAUGAAGCUGGAAAAUAUGCAAUGUGGCUUGUUCCUGCCCUUUUCGGCUAUGCAACGCUUCAACCACUCAUUCGGUAUUUUCAAAUAGAUCCUUCCCAUGCUCAUAAGCUCUUGCAUCACAAUCUGUUUCCACAUAGCUGUCUGCUGGGGCUUUUACCUAAUCCGCAGCUUGAAACAUCAGUGCUAUCCGUGUGUUCUGAUUCCAGUUUCCUUGCUAUGAACAGCCUCAACACCCUUUCUACACUUUAUGCAAUACCAUAUGGAUUAGGUGCUGCUGCAAGCACAAGAAUUUCGAAUGAGUUAGGGGCUGGAAAUCCACAGGGAGCUCGUGUAUCUGCUAUUUCUCUGAUGCCUAUUGCAGCUGUAGAGGCAAUAACAGUGAGCACAAUCAUCUUUGUUAGCCGGCACGUUGUUGGCUGCAUUUUCAGCAAUGAGGAGGAAGUUGUGGAUUAUGUCACAACUAUGGCUCCUCUUCUUUGUCUAUCUACUAUAAUGGACAGCAUUCAAGGGACCCUUUCAGGUGUCACAACGGGUUGUGGCUGGCAGCAUAUAGGAGCUUAUAUCAAUCUUGCUGCAUUUUACCUUUUCGGAAUUCCAAUUGCUGUAGCAUUGGGUUUCUGGUUAAAUUUUAGAGGGAAAGCUAAGGCUAGCGAGAGGUUAUUUAAGGAGAAAUCUUCAGCUGAGGAGGCAUUUAUUUUAAGAGAAUGA